CCGAAGUCAGUCCCUGAGCUGAAGAGCGUCAAUAUACACCCACCUUAAGUCGAUUACGAGCCGCGGGCUGCUCGGGCUUUGGCCGACCUCCUCCUUCUCUCGCCCUUCUCUUCCCGCACUCCCAUGUCGGAUCGCGCCUCCUCGGCAUCAUUUCGAGUAGGACCUCCUUCACCGUCAUCUCCCGCCGCUGAGUCUCUGAAAGAGACUCUACUUCCAACGAUCUCCGAUCAGAUCCCUCAGACCCCGACAUCACCUCCGUUGAUGUCGGUAAGCGCUCAUAACUAUGCCACCCACUUCGUACCCUCGCAAACCUCACCGAGCCAGGCGACUUCACAACAUACCAGUCUCUCAUCCCCUCCUUCCUCUGCUCCGAUGUCUACCCAACCCUCACAACAGCCGGUGGUAGGGGUCUCGGCAAACUCUUUCCCUACCCCCGCAAGCAGCGUGAGCGGGCAUGUUCCGGGUACGACUUCGCUCGACGAGCCUGAUGCUCAAACCAAGCCAAUGGGCUCAGGGUCCUCAAACACAAGCGCAUUUCCCGUUGGUACAGAGUCCGCGACCACGCACAGACGGACAGACCAUGACCGGCAGCCCGGAGGCGAUUCAGAGUCCGCAGUCCGCGAUCAUGCCGCGAUGGGUGACGCCAUGGAUAUUGACAAAGAGGCGCCGGGCUCUUCGCACGAAGGUUCGAUGAGUCUUGAGUCGUUGCAGCAGGACUUCUCCUCGGCGUUCCAUCUUUGCAAAAGCUCCUACACUGCGACUGGUCCGGACCCAUCACUGGACUUGAUCUCUCUGUACGGACUAGGCCCCGUCGCAAAAUCCGUCGCGAGAAUGGAUCCAGUGACAGGAGAAAAGAUUAAUCGGCUCCGGAAGUCUUACGAGGGCAAGCUAAAGGGGCUGGGCCUUGCGGGAAGGAAUAAACCUGUGAAGCACGAGCCCGGCGCACCGGGGGGACUGUUGCAGAUGACGAUGUGGCCCGAAGAGGAAUGGCAGAACCAGAAGGUGUUUGGCAAGGAGAUGAAGGUGGCUGAUAUGGACUCUGCGUUGCAUGCGCUCCAAAUGAAGGCUAUGAAAAUGGAACCCGGAGCAGUACCAAAUAGCGAACAGUGGGAAGAUGUUCUGGGUCACGAAAAACCCUCGAAGCAUGCUGGCGGCGGUAGCGAUGCCAGCAAGAAAACCGUUGCACCUCUCAAUGGAGCCCGAACGCAAGCGAGUGGGACCCCUGGGCCGGGCGGUUCAGAAACUCGACCCAGUCGGGGGCGCAAACGGCACUACGAUGACAAUAGCUUUGUGGGAUACGGCGAAGGCUACGCAGAUGACGACGAUGACGGCGCAUUCUACUCAAAUAGCGAGGGCAUGGGAAAGAAGAAACGGAAGAAGGACCACGUUUCGAAGAUAUCUACCCCUCUGCCUGACCGCGGUGGAAGUUACGGGGUGGGUAUGUUUGGGAUCGGGGCCAGAUAAGACGAGCAGCAGCAGCGAGCGGUACAGAAGCAAGUUUGUCGGGAUGGCAGCAAAAAGCACAAUUGCCCUGUUCGCUUUCUUUUCUUUUUCUCUGCUUCUCAUGCAUCGGUUCGAAAUUCUUUUUUCAAAGACGAGGGAUCGGAAAGGAGACGC